GCCUCUCUCCUCUAUCUUUCCCWGAAAAAUCUGAUUUAUGCCCUAAUCCUAAAUCCACUCCCAACUCCAAAAUCCCAUUUUCCAACACUAAAAUCAACCCCUUUUCUUGAUUGGAUCACAGCAAAGCUUUGUGGUGUUAAUGGCGGAACAUCUUUGAGCCAAUUGGAGCUAUCUUUCGUUCCAUGGAUAUCAAAGGCAAGUGUUUCUGUAUCUAUUUACUCUUGAUCUUUCACUUUUCUUGCAUUUCUAAUACCACUUCCACGGACACCGAUGAUCCUUCAAACUUGGCCGAUCCAACACAAAUCGUAAACGUAUUGAAUCAACAUAUAUCUCAGUUAGGUAAGCUCGAGGAGCUAGUGAAAAACCUCACCGAUUUGGUCACUAGAUUGGAAUCGAGAGUAUUGGAAUCUCCUACUGARUUUAGGAGUUUCGAUGAUAAAUUUGUUCAUGAAGAAACUGUUACUUCUGACUCGAAAAACGUCGAUGAAAAUGGAUUCGGUGAUGAGGGUUCUGUAAGAGAUGAUAGAAAGRUUGAUAGAUUGGGUGCUGUCUCUGUUACUAAGCAUAGCUUAUUUUGGUCUGAAAGGUUUCAAUUCGUUUCAGCUGUGAAGCUCGAUACUAAAGCAACUUGUCUGAAUGUGUUACCAUUUAAAGAUCUUGAAGGAUUAAGCAAAUAUAUUACAGUUGGGGAUGAUCUUGGAAACUUUUACGUGUUCACUAGAUAUGGUGAAGUUAUGCUUCAAUUCAACACUCUCACGAAUUCCCCAAUCACAGCCAUGCUAUCUUACAUUUCGGUUUUUAGGAACGAAAGUAUAGUGGUUACAGGCCAUGGAAAUGGUGUAAUUUUAGUUCAUAGGGUUUGGGAAAUCCCAAWUGGGGAUGAAUCGAAUUUGCUUGAAAGGGAAACUAUUCACAAACUCGAUCAAGAACUCGGGUCGGCGAUCACCAUUUUGGAAAUMCAUCAUGUUGGGCGAACAAGAUACGUUGUAUCCAUAGAUAUCGGUGGAACGAUUAAGGUUUUCAAGGAGGGAGGUUCAGUAAUUGGCACCAUUGUUCCUAAAAGCCGACCUCUUGCUUUCUUGAAACAAAAGCUCUUGUUUCUUACAGAAACUGGUGCAGGGUCGUUAGAUUUAAGAACGAUGAAGCUUAGAGAAGCUCCUUGUGAAGGUUUUAACGGAUCUUAUGCUUUGAAUUAUGUUUUUGAUGCAUCGGAUAGAGGGAAGGCGUACGGGUUUACUUCAGGAGGYGAAUUGGUGCAUUUGCUGAUAUAUGGUGAUUCGAUGAACUUUAAGUGCAGGGUAAGAUCGAAGAAGAAAUUUGAUGUAGAUCGUGGACCGUUAGCCUUUGAAGCAAUCAAAGGCUAUUUUCUUAUUGUUAGUCAAGAGAAGGUGUUUGUUUAUAAUGUUUCUUCUCAGCUUUACGUGAGAGCGGGUUUGCCACGGCUUGUGUUUUCGGCUGGACUUGAUGAAAUAAUCGCUUCUUUUUUGAAUUAUCGUGCAAUGGGGAGAMUGGAUGCUAAAAAAGAUGAAGUGAUUCCAUUAAUCGCUAGUGAUCAUGACAAAUUGGUGAUUUUGAGUUUAGGAAGUGGUUAUAUCGGGAUGUAUCGUUCUAAUCUUCCCGUUACAAAAGGCGAAUUCAACACCAUGUUAUGGAGCACGCCAGUUUUGUUCUUCAUCCUCUUCCUUUUCGUAGCAUGGCAUUUCUUUGCGAACAAGAAGGAAGCUUUGACCUCAUGGGGCCCRGAUGAUCCAUUUACGCAAGGAGCUCCACCGGGUUCUGGGGAGCGAUCUUUUGGCGAUCCCACUUCAAGAAAUCAUGAUAUCAUGGAUCGUAUAGGUGGCGGUGGAGGUGGCGGCAAUGGUGGUGGUAUAAGAGGGCCACCAAGAAGGUAUGGUUCGCCAACACGGUAUGUGGGUGGCCCUGCUGCUAAUUCGUUUAGACCAACUUCUAUUGAUAACAACUCUAGACCUGCAUCCGUGGAACCAGAUUUCAGAGGGUCGGAGUUGAAAUAUCGAGGGUCGAAUAUUGAAUCUAGUGGUUUUGGUAAAAGAAGAGAGGGUUUGUUUGUAAACAGUCAGGUUGUGGACGAUCAUGGCAGUUAAAUUUGCUCGGUUUUCGMUAAUUCACCUUCAAAUCUUGGUUGUUUUUUGAAAACUUGGUUUCUAAAUGUCGAGUUGCUGAUAGUAAGUUGUUUAAGAAUGCGUAUGUAUGGUUUUUACUCUGUAUUUGAUCGGUUAUUUCAGGAAGAAGUAAUAAUCACGAGAAGUUCUAAAGC